AUGUGCAAGCAGGACGGGCACAGCCGACGGACCGACCGAACGACGUCGAUGCCACCGCCGCUUGACCUCCACUGUGCGUGCGACGACGCCCGACUUUGCGGAAUUGCGGUGCUACCGUACAUACAGUACCUGCGGCAAUCCGCCGUGGCGAGAAGCAAGAGAAGAAUAAGAAGAAAAGGUGGACAGAGGAGAAAGAAGAACCAAGGCGUCGUUGCGACGAUGGCCGACCGACCGACCGACCGAGCGCGCGUGCGUGCGUGCGUGCGUUCCUCGGUCAUCUUUGUUGGCCUGCCGCUGCCUGCCAUCGUUGGUCCGUCUGUGCAGGCUGGCCCCUAUAUUCUGGGAUUGUUCCACGACAGACUGAGGCAGGGACAGAGACAGAGAUAG